UGAUGGUGGAGACUACGUGGGACCAGCCCACCUAAUGUGUGUCUGUGCAAGGCGGAUUUAGAGGUCUGGCUCAGAGGGAAACUUUUGCUGUCUGUCGCCACUUUCCCAAAGCUUUCGUUUAAAGAAAUAAGAGAGAGAGAGAAAAGGUAUGGCAUCACAGCUGCAGGUGUUUUCCCCCCCAUCAGUGUCGUCGAGUGCCUUCUGCAGUGCGAAGAAACUGAAAAUAGAGCCCUCUGGCUGGGAUGUUUCUGGACAGAGCAGCAACGACAAAUAUUAUACCCACAGCAAAACCCUCCCAGCCACACAAGGGCAAGCCAACUCCUCUCACCAGGUAGCAAAUUUCAACAUCCCUGCUUACGACCAGGGCCUCCUCCUCCCAGCUCCUGCAGUGGAGCAUAUUGUUGUAACAGCUGCUGAUAGCUCGGCCAGUGCUGCUCCAUCAACCUUCCAAAGCAGCCAGACCCUGACUCACAGAAACAACGUUUCUUUGCUUGAGCCAUAUCAAAAAUGUGGAUUGAAAAGAAAAAGUGAGGAAGUUGACAGCAACGGUAGCGUGCAAAUCAUAGAAGAACAUCCCCCUCUCAUGCUGCAAAACAGGACUGUGGUGGGUGCUGCUGCCACGACCACCACUGUGACCACAAAGAGUAGCAGUUCCAGCGGAGAAGGGGAUUACCAGCUGGUCCAGCAUGAGAUCCUUUGCUCUAUGACCAAUAGCUAUGAAGUAUUGGAGUUCCUAGGCCGGGGAACAUUUGGACAGGUGGCUAAGUGCUGGAAGCGGAGCACUAAGGAAAUCGUGGCUAUUAAAAUCUUGAAGAAUCAUCCCUCCUAUGCCAGACAAGGACAGAUUGAAGUGAGCAUCCUUUCUCGCCUAAGCAGUGAAAAUGCUGAUGAGUAUAAUUUUGUUCGUUCUUAUGAGUGCUUUCAGCAUAAGAAUCACACCUGCCUUGUGUUUGAGAUGCUGGAGCAGAACUUGUAUGAUUUUCUAAAGCAGAACAAGUUUAGCCCACUGCCACUCAAGUACAUCAGACCAAUCUUGCAGCAGGUGGCCACCGCCCUGAUGAAGCUCAAGAGCCUUGGUCUGAUUCACGCUGACCUUAAGCCUGAAAACAUAAUGCUGGUUGAUCCAGUGCGCCAACCCUACCGAGUGAAGGUCAUUGACUUUGGUUCUGCUAGUCACGUUUCCAAAGCUGUGUGCUCAACCUACUUACAGUCACGUUACUACAGAGCCCCUGAAAUUAUUCUUGGAUUACCAUUUUGUGAAGCUAUUGAUAUGUGGUCAUUGGGCUGUGUGAUAGCUGAGCUGUUCCUGGGAUGGCCUCUUUAUCCUGGUGCUUCAGAAUAUGAUCAGAUUCGUUACAUUUCACAAACACAAGGCCUGCCCGCCGAAUAUCUUCUCAGUGCUGGGACGAAAACAACCAGGUUUUUCAACAGAGAUCCUAAUUUGGGGUAUCCACUGUGGAGGCUUAAGACACCAGAAGAGCAUGAAUUGGAGACUGGAAUCAAAUCAAAAGAAGCUCGAAAGUACAUUUUUAAUUGUUUAGAUGACAUGGCUCAGGUGAAUAUGUCCACAGACUUGGAGGGAACGGAUAUGUUGGCAGAGAAGGCGGAUCGAAGAGAAUACAUUGAUCUGUUAAAAAAAAUGCUGACCAUUGAUUCAGAUAAGAGAGUUACUCCUCUGAAAACUCUUAACCAUCAGUUUGUGACAAUGACCCACCUUCUGGAUUUUCCACACAGCAAUCAUGUUAAGUCCUGUUUUCAGAACAUGGAGAUCUGUAAGCGGAGGGUUCACAUGUAUGAUACAGUGAGUCAGAUCAAGAGUCCUUUCACUACUCACGUUGCCCCAAAUACAAGCACAAAUCUAACCAUGAGCUUCAGCAACCAGCUUAAUACAGUGCACAAUCAGGCCAGUGUUCUAGCUUCCAGUUCCACGGCAGCAGCUGCUACUCUUUCCCUGGCUAAUUCAGAUGUCUCACUACUAAACUACCAGUCGGCUUUGUACCCAUCAUCUGCAGCACCAGUUCCUGGAGUCGCCCAGCAGGGCGUGUCCUUGCAGCCUGGAACCACCCAAAUUUGCACUCAGACUGAUCCGUUCCAACAAACAUUUAUAGUAUGUCCACCUGCUUUUCAGACUGGACUACAAGCAACAACAAAGCAUUCUGGAUUCCCUGUGAGGAUGGAUAAUGCCGUGCCGCUCGUACCCCAGGCGCCGGCUGCCCAGCCGCUGCAGAUCCAGUCCGGUGUUCUUACGCAGGGAAGCUGUACACCACUAAUGGUAGCAACUCUCCACCCUCAAGUAGCCACCAUCACACCGCAGUAUGCGGUGCCCUUUACUCUGAGCUGCGCAGCCGGCCGGCCGGCGCUGGUUGAACAGACUGCCGCUGUACUGCAGGCUUGGCCUGGAGGAACCCAACAAAUUCUCCUGCCUUCAACUUGGCAACAGUUGCCUGGGGUAGCUCUGCACAGCUCUGUCCAGCCCACAGCAGUGAUUCCAGAGGCCAUGGGCAGUGGCCAGCAGCUCACAGACUGGAGGAAUGCCCACUCUCAUGGCAACCAGUACAGCACUAUCAUGCAGCAGCCCUCCUUGCUGACUAACCAUGUGACACUGGCCACAGCUCAGCCCCUGAAUGUUGGUGUUGCCCAUGUCGUCAGACAACAACAAUCCAGUUCUCUCCCUUCAAAGAAGAAUAAGCAGUCUGCUCCUGUCUCUUCUAAGUCUUCUCUGGAUGUUCUGCCUUCUCAAGUCUAUUCUCUGGUUGGGAGCAGUCCUCUCCGUACUACGUCUUCUUAUAAUUCCCUAGUCCCUGUCCCAGAUCAGCAUCAGCCAAUCAUCAUUCCAGAUACUCCCAGCCCUCCUGUGAGUGUCAUCACCAUCCGCAGUGACACUGAUGAGGAAGAAGACAACAAGUAUAAGCCCAAUAGCUCUGGCCUGAAGGCAAGGUCUAAUGUCAUCAGUUAUGUCACUGUCAAUGAUUCUCCAGACUCUGACUCUUCCUUGAGCAGCCCGUAUUCCACUGAUACCCUGAGUGCUCUCCGGGGCAAUAGCGGACCCCUUGUGGAGGGGCCUGGCAGAAUCGUGGGGGACGGCGCCGGCACCCGCAGCAUCAUCGUGCCUCCACUGAAAUCGCAGCUUGGUGACUGCACUGUAGCAGCCCCGGCCUCAGGUCUCCUGAGCAGUAAGACCAAGCCAGUGGCCUCAGUGAGUGGGCAGUCAUCUGGAUGCUGUAUCACCCCCACAGGGUACCGAGCUCCACGCGGGGGGACCAAUGCAGCACAGCCACUCAACCUUAGCCAGAACCAGCAGUCAUCGUCCGCUCCAACCUCGCAGGAGAGAAGCAGCAACCCUGCCCCCCGCAGGCAGCAGGCGUUUGUGGCCCCGCUCUCCCAGGCCCCCUACGCCUUCCAGCACGGCAGCCCACUACACUCGACGGGGCACCCACACCUGGCCCCAGCCCCCGCUCACCUGCCGAGCCAGCCUCACCUGUAUACGUAUGCUGCCCCCACCUCUGCUGCUGCCUUGGGCUCCACCAGCUCCAUUGCUCAUCUCUUCUCCCCCCAGGGCUCCUCAAGGCAUGCUGCAGCCUAUACCACCCACCCGAGCACUCUGGUGCACCAGGUCCCUGUCAGUGUUGGGCCCAGCCUUCUCACUUCUGCCAGUGUGGCCCCUGCCCAGUACCAACACCAGUUUGCCACCCAGUCCUACAUUGGGUCUUCCCGAGGCUCAACAAUUUACACUGGAUACCCACUGAGUCCUACCAAGAUCAGCCAGUAUUCCUAUUUGUAGUUGGUGAGCAGAGGGAGGAGGGGUCAUGGCUGCCUGUUCCUGGCCCUGAGUUCUUAACAGCAGGCUGUGAUGAGCUCCUCCCUUAAGCCCCUCUUGAAACUCCUUAGCCAGCAACUUGUUCUGCAGGGGCCCACUGAAGCAGAAGGUUUUUCUCUGGGGAACCUGUCUUAGUGUUGACUGCAUUGUUGUAGUCUCCCAAAGUCUGCCCUAUUUUUUAAUUCUUUAUUUUUGUGACAGCAUUUUUGGUAUUUGGAAGAGUUCAGAUGCCCAUCUUCUGCAGUUACCAAGGAAGAGAGAUCAUUCUGAAGUUACCCUUUGAAAAAUAUUUUCUCUCUGGCUUGAUUUCUAUAAAUGUUUUUAAAACCAAGUGAAGCCCCUCUUUAUUUAACUUUGUUUUAUUGUAAUUGCUGGUCAGAGGAAAAAUGCUGAUAGAAGGACUUGAAAUCUGGUAACAAGUGAGAAAAGAAAAAUCAUCACUUUUUGCUUGUUUAAACACCAAGACUUAAUUGCCUGUUUUAAGAGCAGCUUACACAAGUCUGUAUUUGACUAUCAGGCAUUUCUCCUCUCAAAAUUUUACCUUUGUUUAUGGGACAUUAGACUACAGUGUUUUAGUUUUGUUUUCAUGUCACGUUAUACUUACUGGGCAAUUGUUAUUUUUGCAAAACUCUGUGUUACUCUUGGGAUUCUCUCAGUUGCUCCUGUGUGUACUGUCAAGUCAUGUUAAAAAGGCAGCUCACCGUUUGCUGGUAACUUAGUGUGAGAGAAUCCAUACCUACCGCGAAAGCACUAGGUAUUAUUCUUUUUAAAUGAAGUACCGUGCAUUCUUCCUAAGUUAUUUUUUAAGUCUUUCUCUCUCCGAUUCAGCUUAAAUUUUAUUAUUGGAAAAGCCAUUAAGGUGGUUAUUAUUGUAUGGUGGUGGCUGUCUUCUUAUAUGCAAAAUCUCUCUGUAUUAUGCGAUACUGGUAUCGAUGAGCUUUGCCUGAAGGUUGUUGGCAUUGGUGAACUUUGCCUAAAGAUUAAUAUGAAUUUUCAAUAAUACACCUCUCUCUCUUUGCCUCAUCUCUCCCUUCUGUUCUAUGUGAUUUAUUUAGGGAGAAAGCUAAAGGAUCUGAAACCAGAUAAGAACGUUGUGUAUAGCUUUUAUACUUUAAAGUAGCUUCCUUUGUAUGCCAGCAGCAAAUUGAAUGCUCUCUUAUUAAGACUUAUACAAUAAGUGCAUGUAGGAAUUGCAAAAAAUAUUUUAAAAAUUUAUUACUGAAUUUAAAAAUAUUUUAGAAGUUUUGUAAUGGUGGUGUUUUAAUAUUUUGCAUAAUUAAAUAUGUACAUAUUGAUUAGAAAAAUAUAACAAGCAAUUUUUCCUGCUAACCCAAAAUGUUAUUUGUAAUCAAAUGUGUAGUGAUUACACUUGAAUUGUGUAUUUAGUGUGUAUCUGAUCCUCCAGUGUUACCCCGGAGAUGGAAUGGAUGUCUCCAUUGUAUUUAAACCAAAAUGAACUGAUACUUGUUGGAA